AUGCCUGACACCAACACGUUCGUCACCUCGGAAUCUGAAUCCGAGUCUGAUGGUGGCAUGCAGCUUGAUCCCCGAGACGAUGGGAUCGACAUCAUGAGAUAUGGAGACGAAGAACUCGACGAGGACUCAUUCUCCUUCAAUGCCCCAGACCCCAUGUCCCUGUCCUACGACCAAACAAACACUGUGCAGCAUAUCGGCCCCGACAACUCGGUUCAAACACCAACAGAGUUCGAACGGGAUCUGCGCUCGCGUUCGCAUCUUCGUGAUGAGAAGCAUGCCGCCUUGUCUGUUCUUUUGGAUCGGGAGUUACUUGUUACAUAUGCACUUGCUGCGAGAGAGACUAUCCCCCAAACUCGCCGCCGCUUCCUAGCAAAAAUGCUCUGCCCCAGCGACCCAGUCAAGGCAGAAGAACUCUACGCUCCACGCAUCUACCUCCCCGCCGAAACUCCUGGGGGCGAGGCAUCUCUAGUUCGAGGUCGGUUCUAUGAUAUUAUCGAUAAUGAUGAUUCGGGCUGGCACAAUCCCAUCGUUAAGCGCGCUUCGAAGGGGUCGCGCUCUGCUUCCGCUUCAGCUUCUCGUUCUGCUUCUGGUAGUGGAAACAAUACGCCCAGACGGGUUUCUUCGGGUGUUGGACUUGCUGCUGGUGGGAAUGUUGGCAUGCGGUCUUCCCUUGGAGGUCGCAGUGGUGAGGAGGAGGGUUUGUGA